CAGGACCGUCGGCUUGUCUCUACUAAUCAACCAUCCUUUGUGCCUGGACGAUCCGCUCCUUUACUCUGCGAACACUCGCUUCCGAUAGGUCGUCCGGCUGCGCAAAUCUUCAUUAACCGCCUAAUCCCCAUCGCUUCGAAUAGACGAAUUUGCAAACACAUUCGCCGCCCCGCAUCGACAGCAUGGCUGACUCCUGGGAAGAAGAGGAGAACAGACUCUCCCAACAGGCACAGAACCUGAAUCUGGGCAACAACGCUCAAGCCCCUACCUUCCAUCCUGGAGCCUCCACAUUCACGCCCGGCGCCCAGUCCUUCGUCCCCGGACAGCAGUACCAACAAUACGGCGGCUACAACCAAGGCUACGGCCAAUACUACAACCAGGGCUACUCGCAAUAUGGACAGCAGCAGGGUUACCCGCAGUAUGGUCAACAAUACGGAUACCAACAACAACAGGGUUAUGGAAAUCAGUACGGAUAUCAGCAGCAGGCUUAUCAGCAGUCUCAGCCUCAGCAACAGCAACAGCAACAGCGUCAGACGCCCGUUCAAAUCGCUAAGCGGCCUGCUGCGGGAGAGGACGCUGGAGCUUCGCAAUCACAGGCCACUGCUGCCCCAGCGGAGCCCAAGGCUCCCAAAGUGCUAAGCAUCUCCGCAGAGACAGCCGCACCUGCAAAAGCGAAGGUCCUCUCCAUCGGCGCGGACACCACAACACCGAAGGUGGAGAAGACGGGCGGAACCAAAGUGCUCUCCUUGGGAACCGCGCCCGCUCCAGCCCCGUCUGCCGCAAAGGAGACUGCCGACAAGUCUGCUCCCGAGGCAGGCUCCAAGGUUACAGCGGCCAAGGCCAUCGAGAAGACGGGAGAGCCUACCAAGUCCUCCACUUCAACUGGGAGGACCUCGCCAACACCAUCAUCUGGACGGCAGAGCCCCUCGCGCGCCGCUGAAGCUCGUGAAGCUCGCGCGGCAGCGCGUACCGCUGAUGCUAUUGAGAAGGAGCAGGUCGAAGACGUUGACGAAGCCACCCUCGCGGAAAUGUAUGGCAAGGAACACGUCAACGUCAUCUUCCUGGGACACGUCGACGCAGGAAAGUCCACCCUCGGAGGCAGCAUCCUUUAUGCCACCGGCAUGGUGGAUGAGCGGACCAUGGAGAAGUACAAGCGCGAGGCUAAGGAGGCUGGUCGAGAAACAUGGUACCUUUCCUGGGCUCUGGACCUAACCAAGGAGGAACGGGCCAAAGGCAAAACGGUCGAGGUUGGACGAGGCUUCUUCGAGACCGAGAAGCGCCGUUACAGCAUCCUGGAUGCCCCCGGCCACAAGAACUUUGUACCUUCCAUGAUCGGUGGUGCAUCACAGGCCGACGUGGGUGUGCUCGUUAUCUCCGCCCGUAAGGGUGAAUACGAAACCGGUUUCGAGAAGGGAGGACAAACCCGAGAGCAUGCCAUGCUCGCCAAGACACAGGGCGUCAACAAGCUCAUUGUGGUCGUGAACAAGAUGGACGAUCCAACUGUAGAAUGGUCCGAGGACAGGUACAAGGAAUGCACAACGAAGUUGGUCGCCUUCUUGAAGGGCUUGGGGUAUAAUCCUAAGACCGAUAUUACGCUCAUGCCAAUCAGCGCGCAGACCGGCCUCGGCAUUAAAAAUCGCAUCCCCAAGGAUGUCGCCCCCUGGUAUGACGGACCGUCUCUACUGGAGUAUCUAGACAGCAUGCAGGCGUUGGAGCGCAAGCUCAAUGCGCCCUUCAUGAUGCCCGUGGCGGCGAAAUACAAGGACAUGGGCACCAUGAUAGAGGGCAAGAUCGAAUCCGGUGUCAUCAACAAGGAUUCCAAAUAUCUGCUCAUGCCCAAUCGCGAGACUGUCAGCAUUUCUGCCUUGUACGGAGAGACGGAAGACGAAAUCCAGAAGGCUGCCUGCGGAGAGCAGGUGCGAAUCCGCCUCCGAGGUGUUGAAGAAGAGGACAUUCUCCCGGGCUUUGUGCUCUGCUCGCCGAAGCGACCGGUCCACUGCGUUUCUCAGUUUGAGGCUCAGAUUGUUUUGCUCGACAUCAAGUCCAUUCUCAGUGCUGGAUUCAACUGCGUCAUGCACGUCCACGCUGCUCAGGAAGAGGUGACUUUUGUUGCUCUCUUGCAUAAGCUGGAGAAGGGCACUGGCAGGAAGAGCAAGAAGGCUCCUGGGUUUGCCACGAAGGGCAUGAGCAUCAUUGCACGCCUAGAGAUCACUGGCCAGGCAGGUAGUAUCUGCGUCGAGCGUUUCGAAGAUUACCCUCAGCUUGGCCGCUUCACUCUCAGGGAUCAAGGACAGACGAUUGCUAUCGGCAAGAUCACCAAGCUCAUCACGGAUGAGACACCUGCGACGUAAAAGCGUGAUGUUUUGAUACGAAGUUAUGCACGUUUCUUUCUUAGGACCUAAGCAUGCAUGCAAAGCUUGUUGCAUAGCGUCGCAGGUAUUGCGUAGAGGGCGAUGGUGUCAAUAGAUUGAAAAGAAAUCACUCAUGUAGCUGAGAUCUUAUUGCAUAUAUGAAUCCGAGUUCUGCUGGGGGAGCAAUGUCUCAUUUAGGGUGGAUACAUAUGAACAUGAUGCGUACGCAGUUGUAGCCCUGAAUUCGGGAAUCCCUGAGUGGGCCGAAAGGAAAAGCAGAUGUGCAGCACUCUUAUAAGCUAGCGCCACACUGCUCCGUAGCAUCAGCGUGAAAGAAAAACAG